AUGCCGAUAAGCACAAGGUUCGUCGCAGCAACAUUCAGCAGGAUACGACAGCCUCUUUCUACACACCUGCGAGGCGCCUCACCAGCAGCAGUCGUUAACAACAAUUACAUACGGCCAUUUCACAGCCAGCCAGCAACCCGGCUUGCCAAGCCGACCAACCCGGAACCCAGGGAGAACCCAGCGAACGAACUCAAGCUCCCCAAGCACGAGAAUGUCGGUGCCAAGCGCUUCGCUGAUUUUGAUGUCGCCGGCAACGUCUUCAUCGUUACCGGUGGCGCUCGGGGCCUAGGACUAGCAUUAGCAGAAGCGUUGGUUGAGGCGGGCGGGAAAGAGCCAGAGGAGGAAUGGUACCAGGCCGAGAGCCGCGUCGUCAAGGAGUGGGGUGGCUCCCUGCAUUAUCACCAGAUGGAUGUCCAAGACACCAAGCAUCUUGACGGCUUGAUCAAAGGAAUCGCCGAAGAGAAUGAGCGGUUGGACGGCGUCAUCGCCGCUGCAGGAGUGCAGCAGAUCACGCCAGCCCUCGAGUACGAGGUCGAGGACGUCGAGCGCAUGCUCGCCAUCAACUACACGGGCGUGCUCAUGACGGCCACCUCGGCCGCGCGCCAAAUGUUCCGUUAUAAGUGCCGUGGCAGCAUCUGCAUGAUCGCCAGCAUGUCCGGGAUCGUCGCGAACAAAGGCCUCAUCUCGCCCGUCUACAACUCGUCCAAGGCUGCCGUCAUCCAACUUGCGCGGAACUUGGCCAUGGAAUGGAGCCCCAUCAGGAAGGAUGGGACUGGAGGCAUAAGGGUCAACUGCUUGAGCCCAGGGCACAUCCUGACGCCCAUGGUGCUCAAGAAUUUUGAGGAAGUGCCGGGUCUGAGGGAGAAGUGGGAGUCGGAGAACAUGAUGGGUCGAUUGGCCGAGACGAGCGAGUUCAAGGGGGCAGCGCUGUUCCUGUUGAGUCGGGCGAGCAGUUUCAUGACGGGCAACAACCUGAUUAUUGACGGAGGUCAUACGGGUUGGUAA